CAAUUACUACUAUAAUUUGUUUAGUGUAUUACUCGUGUACCGGUGUACCUAUUCUAAAGUCGAUAAGAAUCAUUGAUUAGGAUUGUAAUAUAUGAUAUAAGGUAAAAUUAUUAUUUAAUGCUCAUUCAACUUGUGUUCAAUUGAGUCUUCAGACAAGAUGGAAAAGUUUUUUGCUUACCAAAAAGAUAGUAGAGUACCAUGUAAAUAUGGGAGAAAAUGUUUCCAAAAAAAUAAAGAGCAUACAGAUAAAUAUAAACACCCACCCACCAAAGAUGAUAUUGAAGUGGACAAUAAAAAAACAACAACAAAAAGAGACUCAAAAGGAAAAGUAAAAUCAUCUAACAAAACUGAUGGAGAAUCAUCAAAUAGCAAUCAUAGGAAUAAUCCAGAUGAAGAAAGUCUCAACAGUGGUGAAAUAAAUGACAUGGAAGUACCUGAACGUCCCGAACAAACAAUAAGCACUUCCAGCAGUGAACCUAAUAGUAUUCCUUCUACAAGUAACCAACAAAACUCAACUGAAUAUAUGGUGCCAUCAAUGAGAAAUCAUUCUCAACAACAACAACAAUUGUUAUUGACCAAUAGUACAUUAGAAGAUUGCAGUAUUGAUGAUGGUAUUGUUCCAUCUACACCAACAUUAUUUACACCACGACGUUUAGAUGGAGAAACUGUUAGUUCACCUCAUGUACCAUCUAGCAAUCAAAUACAAAGAUUUACAUUUGUCGGUGAAUCUCAGCCAUCUCAAAUUCCAGAAUUAAAUGAUAGAGAACAGCCAGACCCACCUGUACAAAAUUUUACUGAUUCUGACUAUUUGAAAUCAAAAAUUUCUGAAUUAUUUCUUGUAGAAGAAAUGCCAAAAGAGUUUUAUGAUCUUUGGUCUUUUUGUAAAAGACAAAAUCCUAGUCAUCCGGAAGAUGCAUUGUUAUCGGUUGGAUUGAAAUUGGUUGGACCUUAUGAUGUAUUAGCAGGACACAUGAAUGGGUUUAAUGCUAAUGAUGUUGAAAAGACAGUUUUACAUUGGCGUUAUUAUUAUGAUCCUCCAGAAUUUCAAACGAUUUUAGCUAGUACUGGUUCAGAAUUUCAUAUUGGUUAUUUUAGGGAUGUACCAUUAGGAUCCCCUGUUUUUGUUGUUUCUAAUGAUUCAAGUGAAAACUGUGUAAUUAAAAAAUUAGGAAAGAGUUUAUUUCAGGCUUUAAGAAAGCACCUUCAUAGCAUGGAUAGUAAAGAAGCGAAUACACUUCAAAAAAAAUUACUUGCUUAUGAAAAACGAAAAGUUACUGAAGUAUUAGAAGGUCGAAAAUGUGAUCCAGUGACAAAAACAUUUCAUAAAGCUGGAAUUGUAGUUCCGUAUGAUAGUAAAACUGAUAUCGGUUAUCGACCUUUAUCAGAAAGUGAAUAUAGUCUACAAAAAAUUCUAAAAUCCUACCUUGAAGCAAGUGAAAGUAAAAAAAUGGAAGCUAUGGAUAAAUUACAACCAAUCAUAAAUUAUGCCAAUAUAGCAAGUGAUGAGUGUGAUUUUGGUACUGCGUUUGAAUUAGGCAUUGAUUUUUUUUGCAACGGAAAUCCUGAUCUUCAUCGUAUUUGUAGACAGCUCUUGGUAACUGCUUACAACUUGCUAAGAAGACCUCAAUUUGCAACUAUUAUUAAGGCUCAUCUCAACAACAGAAGAAAAGGUCCAAACAUGAGUAUAUUAUAAAUGCAUUAAUAUCUAUUAUAAAUCCUAUUUUACUGUCAAGUUUAUAUUUUAAGUUUAUACAAUUAUUUUUUUUAUGUGAUUUCCCUAAUUUAAGUAACACAAUAAAAGUACUACAAAAUAUAU